GCCCCGGCGGCCGUGAGCGAGGAGAGCGGCGGGCCAUGGCGGGCUCGGGGCUCUGGUUUCCGCUGCUGCUGGCGGCAGCGCUCGGCGGCCGGGCCACGGCCCUUUGGCCCUGGCCCCAGUACAUCCAAACCUCCGAGUCCCACUACGCCAUCUUCCCGCACAACUUCCAGUUCCGGUACCACGUCAGUUCGGCCGCGCAGCCGGGCUGCUCCGUCCUCGACGAGGCCUUCCAGCGCUACCGCGACCUCCUCUUCACCUCCCGCUCUUGGCAACCUCCUGAACCCACAAGAAAACAGCAUGCACCGGAGAAGAAUUCAUUGGUUAUCCUUGUGGUCACUCCUGGAUGUAACCAGCUUCCUUCUUUGGAGUCGGUGGAAAACUACACCCUGACCAUAAAUGAUGAUCAUUGUUUCCUCCUCUCUGAGACUGUCUGGGGAGCUCUCCGAGGUCUGGAGACUUUUAGCCAGCUUGUUUGGCGAUCUCCUGAGGGCACGUUCUUUAUCAACAAGACCGAGAUUGAAGACUUUCCCCGCUUCUCUCACCGGGGCUUGUUGUUGGAUACGUCUCGCCAUUACCUGCCACUGACUAGCAUCCUGGACACUCUGGUACCCAGGCCUUAAGGCCAUCUUUGCCCUUAGUGUUUGGGGUGAUGGGGCAAGGGGUAGACCAGUUGCCAUAUUCCUAAAGAGUUGCAGAGGGAAUGUAUGUAACUUCAUGAGCUCCUAGGGAAAAUGGAAAAGAUGACCCGCUCUGAGACAAAAAAGAAAAAAAAAGGAGUGAUUUAAAUCUACCCCACUGGCUGCUCUGGAUCAAUGUCCAGGUUAUCUCCAGGAAUACAGAAGGUGGUCUGGGGAAUUGGCUUCUUUGAUCAAGCCGAGCUUAUUUUAGCUUAGUUACGGACAAGGUCAUAGGAAAGAGAUGUUCAAAAGCCAUAGCUUAGGAUGUUCCUAACUAUCUUUUUUUU